CGCACGCGGACCGCCCGCACGCCCCGCCCGUUCCGCCGCGCAAUGGACGCGUUUCCGCCGCCGGCGGGGGCGGCGCUGCCCGGCUGAGGAGCCUCUUACUACCAGAUGAAGCACAAAUCACCGUGUCUGACAGCUGUCUGGGACCAAACCCUGAACACAAGCUUAUGCUCUAAGGUGUGGGGGUUGCAUGCUGUUGUGAAAGCACCUGCAGGAAUCUGGAGCAAUGCCACCCCCUUCAGACAUUGUGAAAGUAGCCGUAGAGUGGCCAGGUGCCAAUGCCCAGCUGCUGGAAAUAGAUCAGAAAAGGCCUCUUGCAUCCAUCAUCAAGGAGGUCUGUGAUGGGUGGUCUCUGCCAAACCCUGAAUACUACACAUUACGGUAUGCCGAUGGUCCUCAACUGUACAUCACAGAGCAGACUCGCUGUGACAUCAAGAAUGGAACGAUCCUGCAGCUGGCGGUCUCCCCAUCUAGGGCAGCUCGCCAGCUAAUGGAGAGGAUCCAGUCACACAGUAUGGAAGUCCGACUCGAUGCCAUGAAGGAACUGGCUAAACUUUCAGCAGAUGUGACCUUUGCCACAGAGUUCAUCAACAUGGAAGGGAUUACAGUGCUGACACGACUUGUGGAGAGUGGGACCAAGCUUCUGUCCCAUUACAGUGAGAUGUUGGCCUUCACCUUGACUGCCUUCUUGGAGCUCAUGGACCAUGGUAUCGUCUCCUGGGACAUGGUCUCAAUAACUUUCAUUAAACAGAUUGCAGGAUAUGUCAGUCAGCCUAUGGUAGAUGUCUCCAUCCUCCAACGAUCCCUAGCCAUUCUAGAAAGUAUGGUGUUGAACAGUCAGACUCUGUCAGAAGAGAUCACUGUGGGGCAGCUCAUUUCUCAUCUGCAAGUCUCAAACCAAGAGAUUCAGACGUAUGCCAUUGCCUUGAUCAAUGCCCUCUUCCUGAAGGCACCUGAGGACAAGAGACAGGACAAGCUGCUUAACCCGCUAGACCUGCCCAUCACUGAAAUGGCUAAUUCAUUUGCCCAGAAGCACCUGAGGUCUAUAAUCCUGAAUCAUGUGAUCAGAGGAAACCGCCCAAUUAAAACAGAAAUGGCACAUCAGCUGUAUGUGCUGCAGGUCCUUACAUUUAAUCUUCUGGAAGAGAGAAUGAUGACCAAGAUGGAUCCCAAUGAUCAGGCACAGAGAGACAUCAUAUUUGAGUUGAGAAGAAUUGCAUUUGAUGCAGAGUCUGACAGCAACACCAUCCCUGGCAGUGGAACAGAAAAACGCAAAGCCAUGUAUACCAAGGACUACAAGAUGCUGGGAUUCACUAAUCACAUCAAUCCAGCUAUGGAUUUUACUCAGACUCCUCCAGGGAUGCUGGCAUUGGAUAACAUGCUGUACUUGGCCAAGUUUCAUCAGGACACCUAUAUCAGGAUUGUCCUGGAGAACAGCAGUCGAGAAGAUAAGCAUGAGUGUCCCUUUGGACGCAGUGCCAUUGAGCUUACCAGGAUGCUCUGUGAGAUCCUACAAGUUGGGGAGCUCCCUAAUGAAGGCCGGAAUGACUAUCACCCCAUGUUUUUCACUCAUGACCGUGCAUUUGAGGAGUUGUUUGCCAUUUGCAUCCAGCUUUUGAACAAGACCUGGAAAGAAAUGAGGGCAACGGCAGAAGACUUUAAUAAGGUUAUGCAGGUUGUGAGGGAACAGAUCACACGGGCUCUCCCCUCUAAACCCAACUCUUUGGACCAGUUCAAGAGUAAACUGCGCAGCCUGAGCUAUUCUGAGAUUCUGAGACUACGCCAGUCUGAGCGAAUGAGCCAGGAUGACUUCCAGUCACCACCUAUUGUGGAGCUGAGAGAGAAAAUCCAGCCUGAGAUCCUGGAGCUGAUAAAACAACAGCGCCUGAACAGGCUCUGUGAGGGGAGCAGCUUUCGGAAGAUUGGAAAUCGCAGAAGACAAGAAAGAUUUUGGUAUUGUCGCCUUGCUCUGAACCACAAAGUGCUGCACUAUGGAGAUCUGGAAGAUAAUGCCCAGGGGGAAGUGACCUUUGAAUCACUGCAGGAAAAAAUUCCAGUUGCAGAUAUCAAAGCCAUUGUCACAGGGAAGGAUUGUCCACACAUGAAGGAGAAAAGUGCACUGAAACAGAACAAGGAGGUGUUAGAAUUGGCCUUUUCGAUACUGUAUGAUCCCGAUGAGACGUUGAACUUCAUCGCGCCUAAUAAAUAUGAGUACUGUAUCUGGAUCGAUGGGCUUAACGCUCUCUUGGGGAAAGAUAUGUUGAGUGAUUUGACACGAAACGACUUAGAUACGCUGCUGAGCAUGGAGAUAAAGCUACGCCUCCUUGACUUGGAAAAUAUACAGAUCCCGGAUGCUCCUCCCCCCAUCCCCAAGGAGCCGAGCAGCUACGACUUCGUGUACCACUACGGCUGACGGGGCUGGGGGCCGUCCCGGUGCGGCGGGGUCCCGUUUGUCCGCCGUGCUCCUUUUGUACGAGUUGUAAUAAUAACCAAUAGCACGGCAAUGGC